CUCAACCUCCACUCAUCAUCAUGAUCGUUAUGAGCAGCAGCAUCAUCUACACAGACAGGAAAGCGGAACGGAGGAAACGCGCAGCAGCGGCCAGUGCGAUAGAGAAAUAGACACGGAGAUGUGUGCUGGUGGAAGAAACGUCUGAAGACCAAGAGAAGUGGAGACAAAGCGGGGCUGGUUUGACCUUCCUCCGGUAAAGGCAACGUGUGUGUGGAGCGAAUAUGUCGGGGAGGUUGGAGAAUAAGACCGAUUCCCAGCGGUCUCAGCUGGCUUCCCUCACGAUGAGACUCAAAGACAAGCUCCACCCACCCAGGAUCAAACGCUCAGUCGAGAAAAUCAAACGGACCCCGUCUCAAGCGUCCGCUAAUAAGCCCCAUGAUCUCGACCUCACUGCCACACCCCCGCUGCAACGCAAGUCUGUGUGUGUGUUGGAAGAGCAGGAGCGGGCGGUGCUCAGUGCACUGCGAUACUUUAAGAAGCUGCUGGAUACGCUGGGCGGCGAUCAGCCGGUGAUGAACAGCCUGCUGUCGGGCUCCGCCGGCCAGGUGCUGGAGACGGUCCACAACCUCGUCCAACUGGAGCCACACAUACACAACAGUAAGACGGUGACGUGCUGUCUCUCCGGCCUCUACUCCUCCCUGGCUCAGCUCAUCCACUGGGCUGACCAGCUGAUGCUCCAGGGGAUCGUCCAGGAAGAGAAGGAGGCCAUAGCAACCGUUGUCGUGGUGACGAAGGCUGUGUUGGAUGGGGUCAAGGAGCUGGUACGACUGGCCGCAGAGAGACAAGACGGCCCCUCCCCUUCUUCCCCCAUCCAACCUCUGUCCCCUAAAGACAAGCAGAACCGGGACCGCCGGGAUUCUGACCAAUCCCUGCAGGCCGUUGGUCAGGAUGAGAUCGAGGACCAGCACGUCUCUCCAGAGCACAGUCAAAACCCGGAGCCCAUGGCUCCCACGGAGGAGUCCGCUCCUCCUAAACCCCCUAAACCGUUCCUAUGCACCGCUGCAGACAGCGCUCCUGCCCUCCCGCCUAAGAAACGCCACUCAAUACCAGGCCCCGCCCCUUCCAAAGUGGCCAUCGUGGCACCGAUGAGACGAGAGUCGGAGCCCAACAUGGAGGAAUAUGAAGAGUGUCUCAAGGUGACUAAACCCAGUGUGUGGGUGGAAACGCUAAACACACACUUCCCUCAAACCCAAGAUACAGACUACGACUCCCUCUCCUUGGCCGAAACGAUGCCUCCUCCCACCUCCUCCUUUCCUCCACUUCCCCUCCCACCAGCCCUGCCUCAGAAGACACGUCGUAGCAGCUCGGGUGCUGAAGGUCCCUUUCCGGCCCUCACAGUAGAUUUAACUGGAGUUCAGCACUGCUCUCCCUCCCUCCUCUCCCCCAGUGGGACUCCGCCCCCCCUGCCCGAUAAGAAGCGCCAUAUCCACCAGUACCUGAAGUACCUGGAGUCCUACAGAGCUCCAGCAGCAGACAUGCUGUUCUACCAGCGGCCCGCCGACCUCGGCCAUCGCUACAACAGCAGGCAGCAGGAGCUGGUGACGGCCUACCAGCUCACACACACACACCUGGACCCCCCCUGCCCCGACACAGCGCCCCCGGAACCCCCCGGGCACGCGCACCAUGACACGCCGCGGCAGGCCGGCGGUCACGGCGACCUCCAGGCCGUGGCGAGGAUCCCUGCUCCUGCCCUGCCCCCGAAGAGGAAACAGCUGACCUCUCAGGCUUCUGUCUCCCCUCCUCGCCUACAGCCCUCCCUCCCCUCUGCUUGUCCGCCCCCUUGUUCUCUGUCAUCCUGCCCCCAGAGCAGAAUGGUGGAUUCUUCUCUGAACGAUCAAGAAGACAACGACGACACUGAAGACAGUUCCAAGCAGGGGAAGGAGUGUAACCAAAGCAAUGGUGAAGAUCAAGAAGAGAAUGAAGAGCUGCUGCUGGUUAGCCGACAGGAAGUGCUUGAUAGACUCACCAUGAAGUCAGAGGGGGAGGAGGGGCCAGGUGUCAAAGCAGCGUCUCCAGACAUCCUAUUGGUCCAUGCCACUCUGACGGACAGUAAUGAACAGGUCCUGUACUGUGAGGUCUUCCUCUCCACCUACAGAACCUUCAUCAGCCCUCAUGACGUCAUCAGCAAACUACAGUUCAGGUACAAACACCUGUGUCAGGGAAUUGAACCUUCAGUCCUGGGAGUCAGCAAGAACACCUUCCUACUGCUAGUAAGAGUGGUGGAUGAACUCUGUUCAAUAGAGCUGGAUGGUGAUUUGCAGCUCCUUCUGAUGGAUUUGGUGUUCAGCCUGGUGAUAAAAGGAGAGCUGGGCUUGGCCCGCCUUCUGCGCUCCAACAUCCUAUCAAAACUGGAGGAGAGGCGUCAGCUGAUCGAGUCUCCUUCGUGGCUCCGCCCUCUCUCUGCCAGGGGCGUGGCUGCCAGACCAGGGUCUCUUCUUGACUUUAAAAGUCACGAUGUUGCAGAACAGUUGACCUUCAUGGACUCCAAACUCUUUUAUAAAAUAGAGCUGCCGGAGGUCUUGCUGUGGUCGAUGGAGCAGAAUGAGGAGAGGAGUCCAAACCUGACAGAGUUCACCCAACACUUCAACAACGUCUCCUUCUGGGUGCGUUCUGUUAUCAUCUUGCAGGAGAAAGCUCAGGAACGAGAAAAGCUAGUGUUGAAGUUCCUCAAAGUCAUGAAGCACCUCAGGAAACUGAAUAAUUUUAAUUCUUACCUGUCCAUCCUGUCGGCCCUUGACUCCGCGCCCCUGCGAAGACUAGACUGGCAGAAACACACAGCUGAGGCCUUAGAAGAAUUCAGUGCUUUGAUUGACAGUUCAUCAUCCUUCAGAACCUACAGAACAGCUCUCUCUGAGGUGGAACCCCCAUGUAUACCCUACCUGGGACUGAUCCUGCAGGACCUGACGUUUGUCCACCUGGGGAAUCCUGACCGGUUGAUGACAUCACAGGGGUCCAUGGUCAACUUCUCCAAACGAUGGCAGCAGUUCAACAUCCUGGACACUCUGAGGAGCUUCCAACAAAUCUGUUACUCCCUUCAGCCCAAAAGUGAGAUUUCGUCAUUCUUCAAUGACUUCAGCGACCAUUUGGCUGAAGAGGCAUUAUGGGAACUCUCUCUCAAGAUCCGCCCACGCAACAUUCCAAAGACCAAUCAGAGAUGAGCCUAGAAGACAGUGAGCCAAUGUAAUGGGGAGGAGAAACAUCUGACGACAUACAGAAACUGAUCCGCACCUACCUGUCUUUGGAGACAUGUUUAAUCGCUAGCCACUAAAGGCUGCAAUAAUCCGAUGUCAUUCAAAGGAAUAUAUCAGCUCAAAUCGUAUGUAUGUACCCUCAAUAAAUGUCUGUACUUUUUGUAUCAAGGGGUCUGUUUUGUGUUUUUUAGCAGAAUAAAAUAUACUCAACGUCAUUGGCUAGUAAAAUGAAAACGUUUUAUUCUUAAUUUCCAGUGAAAUCUAUCUUGAAAUACCAAAAGGUCCUGGGUUCAACCCCUAUGACUAUAGUCUCUGGCCAGUGGGCAAGAGGCCUCACCUCAUCCUGCUCCUAUGUCAAGGAAUAGGUCUGCUAGGUCUGAGAAAGGACCAAGUUCCUUUAGGUCGGGUUGGAGUCCCAGAGAAAGGACCAAGUUCCUUUAGGUCGGGUUGGAGUCCCGACGUGGGUUCCUUUGGUUCGUGGUUAGAGUUCCAAGUUCUGUCUGGGUUAGAGUCCUAGAAUCUGGAUUAGAGUCCCAGAGAAAGGACCAAGUUCCUUUAGGUCGGGUUGGAGUCCCGACGUAGAUUCCAGAGAGACUGUUGAUCUGAUCUUAAAUACAUUGCACUUUCAAUUUUACUUACUAAAAAGCCUUUUUAACUUUCAAUUUAAUUUUCUAUUUUUACCAGAAAGAUACAUGAUCUGAUACCAGAGAGAAAGGAUAAGGGUUACUAGAAUCCGGGUUUGAGUCCCAGAGAAAGUACCAAGUUCCUUUAGGUCGGGUUGGUGUCCCGACGCGGAUACCAGAGAGACUGUUGAUCUGAUCUUAAAUACAAUGCACUUUCUAUUUUACUAAUUUCUUUGCAUAUGUUUUGUUUUACUUAUCUAUUAUUUUAUUUUAUUGUGUGACAAUGUUUAUAUGUGAAGCACUUUGAGUCUGCCUUGUGUAUGCAAAGUGCUAUAUAAAUAAAGUUGCCUUGCCUUGCUAAUGUCUAAAUAUAAGUACACAGUGGUCAAUAGUACAAAACGAUGUAUACCAGCCUGACCUGGAGUGUAAAACCUUUUCCUUGCUAAAAUAACUAAUAAUAAAAAUAAUAACAACACUAAUCAAAAACAAGUUCUAGACACAUUCUGCUACCAGCUUUGCGCAACCUAAAGAUAGAAUGAAUGAGUCCGAUCAAAUGAGAAUAUCCAAUUACAUAUUGGA